CCACCAAACAGAACACUGGUUUUCUUUUUUGAUUAUCUGCACGUGAAACCCCAAUAAUUCCUCAUGCACAAGUGGGGUCUAAAAGCCACCACUUCCUCUUUUGUUCUCAUGCCAAAAUACACCACUCACAAAUCACAAUUUCCUCCAUUAGGCCUUCAAUUUCAACACUCUCUCUCUCUCAAUGUUUCUUCUCCCUUGCUUCCCUUAAACUUUUUCAACAUUCUUUCCAAGUUUAUCUUUCUUUACCAUUCCCCACCAUCACCCCUCAUCAAUGGCUAUGGCAACACCAAUGUUGCCAUUCUUUCUCUCCCUUGUUUCUCUCUGCAUCAUCAGUGCAAACGAAGUCUGUUCUUUGGAAGAGAAGAAGAUGUUCAACGUGCAAAUGUUCCAGAAGAAACAGCAACAUGGUAACCAAGGUUGUCUCCUUCCUGAAUCAAGACGAGAGAAAGGUUCUAUUGUGCUGGAAAUGAAGGACACAGGCCACUGCUCAAAGAAGAAAAUUGAUUGGAACAGAAGGCUUCAGAAGCAGUUAAUAUUAGAUGAUCUUCGAGUUCGUUCAAUGCAAAACAGGAUAAGAAAACUAGUCUCAAGCAAAAAGAUAGAAGCUUCACAAACACAAAUUCCAUUAGCUUCUGGUAUAAACUUGCAAACCUUAAACUACAUUGUGACAAUGGAAUUGGGAAGGAUGAACAUGACUGUGAUAAUUGACACCGGAAGCGACUUGACAUGGGUCCAAUGUGAGCCUUGCAUGUCAUGUUACAAUCAACAAGGACCAAUGUUCAAACCAUCUACUUCCUCUUCCUACCAAUCAGUUUCAUGCAAUUCAUCAACAUGCCUAUCUCUUCAAACUGCCACAGGAAACACAGGAGCAUGUGGAAGUAAUAAAUCAACUUGCAACUAUGUGGUUAACUAUGGUGAUGGAUCCUACACAAAUGGAGAACUAGGUGUUGAAAAACUUAGUAUUGGAGGUGUUUCAGUGAGUGAUUUUGUGUUUGGUUGUGGUAGGAACAACAAAGGUCUAUUUGGAGGAGUCUCUGGCCUUAUGGGGUUAGGAAGAAGUUACCUAUCAUUUGUUUCUCAAACCAAUGCCACAUUUGGAGGAGUUUUCUCAUACUGUUUACCAACUAUAGAAGCAGGUUCAUCUGGGUCAUUAGUUUUGGGCAAUGAGUCUUCACUUUUCAAGAAUGUAACUCCCAUCAGUUACACCAGAAUGCUUCCAAAUCCACAGCUUACCAACUUCUACAUUCUCAAUCUCACUGGCAUAGAGAUUGGUGGAGUGGCUUUGCAGGCUCCAAGCUUUGGAAGUUAUGGGGUUUUGAUUGAUUCUGGCACAGUGAUCACAAGACUGCCCCCAUCAGUGUACAAGGCUUUGAAGGCAGAGUUCUUGAAACAGUUCACUGGCUUCCCUUCAGCACCAGGGUUUUCAAUUUUGGAUACCUGUUUCAAUCUCACUGGGUAUGAUGAAGUGAUCACACCCACUAUAAAUCUUCAUUUUGAGGUCAAUGCUGAGCUGAAGGUGGAUGAAACUGGCACAUUCUAUGUGGUAAAAGAGGAUGCUUCACAAGUUUGUUUGGCCAUUGCAAGUCUUUCUGAUGAAUAUGACACUGCUAUUAUUGGAAAUUAUCAGCAAAGAAACCAAAGGGUAAUCUAUGAUACCAAAGAAUCCAGAGUGGGAUUUGCUGGGGAACAAUGCAGUUUCUCUUGAAUAGUGAAAUUUGAUACCAUAAUAGAUGUUAUUAUGGAGGAUGCAAUUCCUCAAUGCAGACUUGAGCAUUAUCCUCAGCAAAACCUUUUUCUUUUUUAACAUUUUCAUAUAAACAAUCGCCAGCAUCAAGAGUGACAUUUAUGAGGGUUUACCAAUGAUAUAUGAUCAUUGUAUUUUAAACUUUAAUUUAUGAAACAAAGGAAAGUUUGAAUUGUAAAUGCAUUCAUACAUUCCAUUGGUAUAAAGGAUAUUGUAAUGCUGCACUUCAUCAGGAAAUGAAGCCUUGUCUCCAUUGAUCCUUA